AUGUCGGCGCUGCUCUGCCUCGCUGCAGCGGCGCUUUUCCUCUAUGUGAUGGUGUAUUACGGCGCUUUCAGGGGAGCCAGGUGCUGCAGCUCCGCGCAGCUGAAAGGGAAGACGGUCAUCGUUACAGGAAGCAACACGGGUAUCGGCAAGGCGACGGCUCUGGAUCUGGCGAGGAGAGGAGCCAGAGUGAUCCUGGCCUGCCGCGACAAGGACCGAGCUGAGGCUGCGGCGUUCGACAUCCGGAGAGACAGCGGCAACCUUCAGGUGCUGUUCAUGCAGCUCGAUCUCGCCAGUUUCAAGUCCAUCCGCAACUUUGCUGAAACCUUCCUGAGGACUGAACCCAGACUGGACAUCCUCGUCAACAACGCAGGUGUGAUGGGUCCGGGACGCACUGACGAUGGAUUCGGCAUGGCGUUCGGGGUAAACCACCUGGGUCACUUCCUGCUCACCGGCCUCCUCCUGGAGCGGCUGCAGCGGUGCGGUCCGAGCCGCGUGGUCACCGUGGCCGCUCUGCUGCACCGCCUCGGCGGCGUCGACUUCCCUCUGCUGACGGUCAACAAGGACGUGGUUUCUGCUCAGUCCACCUGGAACAACUUCCAGGCGUACUGCAGCAGCAAGCUGUGCAACGUGCUCUUCACCAGGGAGCUCGCCAACCGGCUGGAGGGCACCACCGUCACCUGCUACAGCCUGCACCCAGGAGUCGUCUACACAGAGCUGUGUCGCAGUCUGAGCCCGUGGCUGCAGAUCCUCAUCGUGCCCUUUGCCAAGCUCUUCUUCCUGGACCCUGAGGGGGGGUCCCAGACCACCCUGCACUGUGCCCUGCAGGAGGGCAUCGAGUCCCUCAGCGGACGCUACUUCUCAAACUGUGCGCUGCAGCAGGUGGGAGCCAAAGGACGAGACGACGCCCUGGCAAAGAAGCUGUGGGAAGUGAGUGAGAGGUUAACCGGUUUAUCAUGACGGACUGAUCCAGAUCCAGAUCCAGAUCCAGAUCCAGAUCCAGAUCCAGUAUGAUCGCUCUGUGCCUCAUCAGAGACCUCAGCAGGUCCCACUGUCUGACUGUUGGUCUCUUUAAGGGCUGGUUUCCUGCACAUGCAUGAGGUAUUUUUUACUGUUUAUAUGAUCUGCACAACCUAACUUUUGUUUCUGUUGUUUAUUAACCCUUCAGAAACUGAGCAAAUUAGCUUUCUUUCCUUCAAAAAACAGACAAGAGACAAGCAACUUAUUAAGAGAUGGCCCAAAAUUUGCAAGAAAUUAGUAAAAAUGUUACAAGAAAAUUAUCUGUAAGCCCAAAAAAAUUGCAAAAA